AUGCAGCUCGUGUACACCGCUCUGAUGGCCCUGAUGGCCGCCGGCUCGGCUAUGGCUCACAUGAACAUGGCCGACCCUCCGCCGUUGGCGUACAAGGGCAACCCGAACGCCAAGGAGCCCAAUAUCGACUACUCUAUCACCUCCCCGAUCAGCGCCGCCGAGUACCCUUGCAAGGGCUACCUCAAGCUGCUCGGCACCCCCGAGGCCGCUCCCGUCAAGACCUACGCUCCCGGUGGCCAGUACACCAUGAGCGUCGAGGGCGGCGCGUUCCACAACGGCGGUUCCUGCCAGCUCUCGCUCUCCUACGACAAGGGCGCCAGCUUCACCGUCAUCAAGUCCUUCGUCGGCAACUGCCCUACCGCCUCCGGCGGCACCUACAGCUUCACCGUUCCCGACGACGCCCCUGAGGGCGACGAGGUCGUCUUCGCCUGGACCUGGGUCAACAACACCGGCAACCGCGAGUUCUACAUGUCUUGCGCCGUCGUCAGCAUCAAGGGUGGUGCUGCCAAGCGCGCCGACUCGUCCGUGAAGCGCGCCGUCGCCUUCGCCAACCGCCCGCCCGUCUUCCAGGCUAACCUCGGCGGUGAGUUCUGCACCCGCGAGGGCAUCGACACUGUCUUCCCCAACCCGGGCCCGGACGUCGAGAACAACUCGAGCAAGACUGGCCCCGCCAUCUUCUGCGCCACCGGUGCUGACGCCCCCGUCGGCUCUGGCUCUGACACCCCCGCCGAGACUCCCGCCGAGCCUGAGACCUCUGCUGUCCCCGAGACUCCCGUCGAGGCCCCCGCUCAGACUGAGGCCCCCGUCUCGACCUCUGCUGCCCCCGCUAUUCCUACCAUCGUCUCCGCGCCGGCUGCCAGCGCAGCUCCGGGCCCCGACGUCUUGACCGUCAUCCCCAUCGACUCCCCCCCGCUAACGGCCUCCUCCAGCACCGGUGGCGUCUUCCUGACUGUCGACCCCUCCGCGCCUGCCACCACUGCCACCGCCACCCCGGCUGCACCCUCGUCGGCUUCCCCCGCCGUGCCUUCGUCGGCCGCCCCCGCCCAGCCCUCGGCCGAACCAGAGGACCCCGCGUGCGAGGCUGACGAGACUGAGGACCCCGCGUGCGAUGCUGAGGAGCCCGCCCCGCCGGCGAGCAGCAGCGUGGUCGCGGCCCCCCCCAGCACGCCUACGUCGACGCGCCCGGCGGCCCCGAUCGGCACCGGCGUCGCGGGCGCCGUGCAGUCCGGCCCCUGCUCCAACGAGGGCGACUGGGCCUGCGCCCCCGACGGCUCGUCCUUCCAGCGCUGCGCCUCCGGCCUCUGGAGCGUCCCCAUCUCCAUGGCCGCCGGCACCAAGUGCGCCCCCGGCAUCAGCAAGAACCUGAGCAUCCGCGGCCGCGGCGGCUUCCGCCGCUCCCUGUAAAUUUCCUCCUCUUCUUCUCCUCCUGCUACCUCUCGCGCGCACAUACUUGAGAGCCGGAACGGAAAAGGGGGAACCGCAAUGAUUAGAUAAGACUAGACAGGACAGGACAGGAUAGACGCGAGGCUUUCUCUCUCUCUUUCUCUCUCACCAAUACCACGCUUCCGAGAGGUUUCUCGCUUUUUUUUUCCUCUUCCUUCACCUCUUCUCUCUCCUCCGCCGUCUAGUCUGUCUGAGCACACAAAAGGGGGGGGAAUUCGGAUCUAGGUUGGGGGUCGCUUCUCUGUACAUUAUGGCAUCCACCACCACCACCACCAUCAUCAUCGCGGGCUGAAUGACGACGACAAGACAAGACAAGGCGGGAAACGGGAUUUCCCCUCCACCAGCAUUGGCAUCGGCGCGGCGGGCUGGCUAUUCUACUUGUACAUAUUAUUCUGAAAUGAGACAUUUUCGAUUCCUUUUCCACCUCGCUCGUUUCCUUCGUGACAUGUCUUGGUGAUCCCUCGCGGGCAUACUCGCUUCCUCGGCACGCGCGGGGGAGUCGUCUCUCUGCGGACUGGCUGGAGGCCAGCUUCGCUGAUACAGAAGAAGAAGGGGGCGGGGCAGGGGUCGCGCAAGUCACAAAGGGACAAGGACUGCUUGUGA